UAAACGCGCUCAGUGCCCAAGGAAUUCUCUCACAGACAUGCUCCUGAGACAGGUAUAUCCACACUUCAUGUUGAGCCUCCCUUCCUUGUAUUUCUCGGGGGUCACCAGGUUCUUUGGAGAAGCAAAGGUCAGUCGACCAGAUAUCGACAGCGAGGAUGAGCCCGAUCCCAUAGACGCCCAAUGUGCAUCGUCACGAUCACGAUCUGCCUUUUACCACGGCGAACGUGGGUGCUGCGCUCGUCAGAUUCAAGGAUUCCGGGGAGUCAUUCUUCGAUUCUCUCCUCUGGAAUAGAAGACACCCAACAUCGUCUUCGCACUACUACUCUCAUAAAGCCGUUUUAUCACUGUUCCAAAACUAAGAAAUGGUCUACGACCCGCUCAUACCAACAAAAGCACUUCUCUCGCUACCUCCACACCCACGCCCCUCUUUUAUGGGUGUGUAUACAUCAUCCGAUUCGCGCCCAUGAAAAGCAUGCAACAUCUGGGUGGUGUUGGCGUUGUCCGGAUAUGGUUGGCUUGGUCCGUGAUAUUUUUUAUUGUCUCUAUCGUCUCCUUCAUAUGGCAUUCCGGAUCCACAACCGAUCCAUUCACUCCCUCCUCACCAACCCCAAUGCAGCCACCGGCCCUCGGGUACUCGUCUCAACCCAUUUCUUCUUGGGCCUUGUUUAUUUUUGUGCGAUCGUGAAGACGUUAUAUGGAUAUGGAAGGGUGAGUGAGAUGGCAAGGGUCACAGAAGCGGCGAGGGGACGAGGGGUGCCAUAAGAGAAGAGAGGGAAAGGGGAAAAAGAAGCGAGGGAGAGGGAGGAUAUGAAGAGCGGUCCAGACGAGGGAGAGUAAACGACCGCGAAGAAGACUGGAAACGCGCCCCACGUGAAUUCGAAGACGGACG